AUGAGGGACACAGGUAUUCUCACUGUUAGGCCAAAUGUUGACCCCACUGCUACUACCAUAGGAGGUAGUAGAUUUAGCCAGGUUGAACUAGAUGAGACAAAAGUCACAGAAAGAAAAAGAAAAAGCCACUACUGCAAGAAAAGAUCUCACAGAGCAGUCAAGACAUGCAUCUUCACUGAAGACCAGACCACAGAAUUCAAGGAGGCCUUCCCGCUUUUUGACUGGACAGGAGAUUGUAAGACCCUGUACAGCCAGUGUGGGGAUGUGAUAAGGGCUCUGGGCCAGAACCCCACCAAUGCCAAGGUGCUCAAGGUCCUGGGGAACCCCAGGAGUGAUGAGAUGAAUGUUAAGGUGCUGGACCUUGAGUACUUCCUGCCAAUGCUACAGAUUGUGACCAAGAGCAAGGACCAGGGAAACUACAAGGAUUAUGUUGAAGGCCUUUGGAUGUUUGACAAGGAAAGGAAUGGCACUAGCAUGGGUGCUGAUAUCUAUCAUGUCCUUGUCACACGGGGUGAGAAGAUGACAGAGGAAGAAGUAGAGAUGCUAGUGGCAGGGCACAAAGGCAGCAGUGGUCAUAUCAACUACAAAGAGCUUGUCCGUAUGAUGCCAAGUGGCUGA